AUGCAGCCGACGAGACUACGACUUGCCGCCAAGGGCGAGAGGCCCAACAUCACCGGCUUCGACAUCCGCGCCCUCAAGGCGUCCACAGGCCAGCCCCGAUACGACCCUUGGGAGCGAGCUGAGGCGUGGCGUUACACCGGCCAGUUCACCCGCUGGAACCGAUUCAAGACGGGCUUCCCUGGCCUCGGCAUCGCGACCGUCGCUUUCUCCGCCUACUGCGCCUACGAGUACUUCUUCCUCGACGACGGACACCACGGAGACAGCCACGGCAAGGGACACCACUGA